UCAAUGGCUAACUCUGCCUGGUCAGAUAAAAUACUGCAGCUGCUCCACCGAAUGAAUAACUUCUAUUUGCCAGGUUCUUGUCGCGCAAACUGCCUGCGAUUUGAGGUGAACGGAAGCAAAGUUGGUUGGAUUCUCCCGCACGUCGCUUCACUGUUGACGCGCUAUGGAGACGUGUUCAAACCAACACAAGGGGGCGCAGUGUCCCUGUGCGACAGCCUGGACUCGUACGCGAAAAGAUCGGAGGCUGUGGAUGAUGUCCUGUCGAUGCUUAGACAAGACCGUUCAUUGCACUGCUUGAAAGGAUGGCGAGAUGAGAGGUUCAGUGUUAUGGACAAAUUCUCAGACUCACCUGUGAUGUGGAUGGAAAGAGCAGCUACCAGUCUUUUUGGCGUGAAGCGCUAUGGAGUCCAUGUCAAUGGUUACACCGUUAAUGAGAGCGGGGAAGUCAGCAUGUGGCUUGCACGGCGCUCCCCCACGAAACAGACCUAUCCUGGACUGCUGGACAAUUUAGCAGCAGGCGGUCUGGCUGCUGGCAUGAGCAUCAAGCACACACUGGUGAAAGAAUGCCAGGAAGAAGCAUGUAUCCCACAAGCCCUUGCAGAGAAGGCCCGCCCUGUGUCCACUGUAAGCUACACCUAUGAAGAUGGAGAGGGGGUGUUUGCAGAAAGUCAGUUUGUCUUUGAUUUGGAACUUCCUCCCUCCUUCAAUCCCAGAGCAGGCGAUGGAGAAGUGCAGGACUUCUACCUUCUGCCCAUAGAUGAGGUGAAGGAACGUGUGGCCACUGAAGAUUUCAAACCAAACAGUGCCUUGGUGGUGCUGGACUUCCUUGUUAGACAUUCGUUUAUUGAGCCUGACAGAGAGCCAUUUUACCAAGAAUUUGUGUCCGGACUCCAUCAAGCGUUAUAGAACAAGUCUCCACCAUUUAAGGCCAACAGCAUAGGUAUAAAUCAAACAUUAGGAUUGUUCCAAAAAAAACAAAAAAACAACAACAACCUUUAACUCGCACUACAAUGUUUAUAUAGUUAUUAAAAAUCAAAGUAGUUGUGCCAACACUGUAAUGCAAGUAGUUCAUUAAUUCUAAUGAGGUAUCAGAGCAGCUUGCCGUUCCAAACAGGGAUUGUUUUACACUACGAUGGAUGUUCUGCACCCUCACAUUCUAAUAAAUUGCCUGAUCAUAUUGUUGUCCUGCUAUU